AUGGGACAAAUCGAAAGUAAAAACCUCGAAUCCAUCCGUGAACAACACGAUCAAUUUGAGACCAUUCAACGACAACGCAAACAUUCCAAGUCUUCUUCUACCAACACUGAACAACAACAAGAACAACCACUUCUUGCAGAUCAUCAUUCAACGUCAUUGACAACAACUUCACCAUCCUCUCUGUUUCCUCAUCCCUUUACGAGCCAAACGAAGACCAAUGAAACAAAAGGUUGUACUACUUCGACUGGUCAAGUAGGAGGAGCAGGAGGAGGUCUCUUUUGCAGUCCUUCGGAAAGCAGCUUCUCUGAACUUUUCCGAGGAGGAUCUUCCUCCUCCUCUUCUUCAACCACAGCCAAUUCCACUCAAUUUCUCUCACUCUUUGGACACAACAUUUUGAAUCAGGUACAUCGAUGGGAAGAAAAUGAUGACUCUGAAGAUGAAGCCAUCUCCUUCUCCUCUUCGGAAAAGUUCAGAAUUCUCUCCACUCCAUUGUAUGCAUCCUUGUCAAAUGAUCCUUCUCAAAUGAGUGAACCCAAGGUGAAAUUGGCAUUGUUUGGAACAGGUGGAAGUGGAAAGUCCUCACUCACUAAACUCUUAAAAUUGCAUUCGAUGAAUUAUGUCAUUUCAAAUUUCGAUCUCAGAAAUUGGAGAACUCACUUGUUGAAGAAUAUUGCUUCUUCGUAUUCGAUUUUAUUUGAAGUGAAACAAGCUUUGUUCCCUCAUGUGAAAUUUAUUCAUCCAGAAAGUGAAAUCAUUGCACAACGUUUGAUAAAGCAUGAUGAAGAGAAACUGUCUGUUCCAAUUGAACAAGAUGUCGAAAUGGCAAAAGCAAGUCUCAAAUUAUGGGAAACAGAACCACUUGCUCAAAUUUGUUUAUAUUUUACAAAUAUUGCAAACAAAUUCAUUCCAAAAUCCAUGACGACUGUUCCCAUACAUGUUGUUCGUCACAUGAAUAUUGAACGAUUUGCAAAUCUCUUGUCGUAUUAUGAAGAUAUUUUGGAAUAUGACGCAAAUUCAGAUAAAUUUGCCGUUCGUGACACGAACCAUGUAUUUACUGAACUCAUUCUUAGUUCCUAUAUUAAAACAACAGGAAUUAUUGAGAUUUGGCUAAAAGGAGGAUCAGAUGUAAAUGACUUGAUUGGAAUUUUCGACACAGGUGGUCAAAGAAAUGAAAGAAAGAAGUGGAAACGAAUCAUCAAUGGAUCAAAUCCACUUUCUGGAAUUUUAUAUUUAAUUCCUUUAUCUGAGUUUAAUCAAUUCUGUUAUGAAGAUGAUAUGACAAAUCGAACCUUUGAGUCAUUACAAUUAUUCUCAGAAUUUAUCAAUGAUCCAAGUGUGGAAUCAAUUCCCAUUCACGUCGUUUUCACUAAAAGAAAUGUUAUGGAUUUCAAAUUGAGAAUGUAUGACAUGAGAGAUGUUUCAUUCACAAAUAAUAUUCAGCUUCCAGAAGAUUUGAAAAUUCCAAUGAAUCUCAAUCUAUCACAUUACGAUCAUUUAGUGAACUCUAUUUUGAAACUAGGAGAGAAAGAUUUACAACAAUUAAGCAAACAAGAAAAACAAUUAUUGGAAUUAUUCAGCUCCAAUCCCUAUCACUCUCCUUCUGAGCUUAUUGAAAUGUUAAAAUCCGAAGAAAUUUCGAAUCAUUCACACGAUGAAGAACAUCAGAAAUUUGUUGAAAAGAACAUUCAAUUCCUUACUCAACAAUUUUUCAACCAGAUUCAAGACCCAAUAAGAAAAGAACAAGUUAUAAGAGAUUUCAAAGUGAUUGACAUUUCACAAAUAGAUGAAACCAUGUCGACCAUGAAUCAAUUAUUCCAAAACUUUCUUCAUCAAUAA